AAAUAUCAGGACUCUGCUGGUAUACUCUGCUUAUAUCUCAUCUGCAGCAUCAGCCUGAGAUUUUCAUUCUUUUUUCUUUUCUAUUCUAUUUUCCAAUUUUUUUUUUUGCAUUCGAUUGAAAUGAAUUGCCUUCAGAAUCUUCCGAGAUCCUCUUCUAUGCCUUUAAAUGGUUUUAGAAGCCAUGAAAGAAAGCAUAUAAGCUUGGUUAAUCUACUGAACCUGGUGAAUAAAACUAAUCCUCCCCAAAUUAACACUCUGAAGGCAUUUGCUGGUCCAAUGUCCAGUACUGAGAUGAGUGGAGCUGAAGAACAAGAAGAGAAAUCUGAUAUAUAUAGUAAUAACAUGACCCAAGCUAUGGGUGCCGUGUUAACCUAUAGACAUGAACUGGGAAUGAACUACGACUUUAUCCAUCCAGACUUGAUUGUAGGGUCAUGUCUACAGACUCCUGAAGAUGUUGACAAGCUUCGCAACAUUGGAGUUAAAACUAUAUUUUGCUUACAACAAGAUCCAGACCUUGAAUAUUUUGGGGUUGAUAUUGGUGCCAUCCAAGAAUAUGCAAAAAAGUGUGGUGAUAUUGAGCACUUGCGUGCUCGAAUACGGGAUUUUGAUGCCUUUGAUUUGCGGAUGAGGCUUCCAGCUGUGGUAAGCAAAUUAUACAAGGCCAUAAAUCGCAAUGGUGGUGUGACUUACAUACAUUGUACUGCUGGGAUGGGAAGGGCUCCUGCUGUUGCGUUGGCAUACAUGUAUUGGGUUCAAGGUUACAAGCUGAGUGAAGCUCACAGUUUUCUACUGAGUAAACGUUCAUGCUGCCCAAAAUUGGAUGCCAUUAGGAGUUCAACGGCUGACAUUCUCACAGGCUUUUCCAAGCAUCUUGUCACUUUGACAUGGGAAGAUAAUGACUGCUCCUUGGUGGAAAUAUCAGGACUUGAUAUUGGAUGGGGGCAGAGAAUACCUCUGAAACAUGACGAGGAAAAAGGAUUGUGGAUUCUUGAGCGGGAAUUGCCAGAAGGAUACUACGAGUACAAAUACAUUGUAGAUGGCGAAUGGGCAUGCAACGAGUAUGAGAUUGUAACACUCCCCAACAAGGAUGGCCAUGUCAACAAUUAUAUCGAAGUUAGCAGUGAUCCAAACAGUUAUAGUUCAGAACUGAGGAAGCUAUUGGCCAGUGAUGAUGCUAAUCUUACAACAAAGGAGCGUCUUACAAUCAGGCGGUUUCUAGAAGCUUACGAGGACGAUGAUGAGUAAUUGGCAAAGGUAAAUAAAAUUAUGGCAUGUAAAAUUGUAAAUCAAGGAUCAUAAUAAGAGUAUUUGUAUUUACCAUUCCACCAUAUGAAUGUUUAGACGUUGACUACUUAAGCAUCAUAGUGUUUGGGUAUGA